ACUUAGUGUGUGACCUUUUCCUGUGCUAUAAAAGAUGCAUCUUUUGUGGCCCUGGCCAUAGCUUUGCUACCAUGGGGCCAGUUGUUCAAGGAGUGCUGCUCUUCAGUCUUCUUUUGAGGUCUUCCUCCUCAAGACUAGUGAGGAGAGAGAUCACGGAUAAUGACUUGGACAUCUACAGCUUCCACAUAAAGUCUGUGGUCAGUAGCCGCUAUGCUGUGACUGUCAUCACCAGCAGAGUUGCUAAUCGAGCAAGUGAACCCAGAGAGGUGAACUUCCAUGUGGAACUGCCAAAAUAUGCCUUCAUCAGCAAAUUCAACAUGACCAUUGAUGGGAAGUCGUACAGUGGAGUGGUGAAGAAGAAGGAAGAGGCACAGCAGCAGUACAGCCAAGCAGUCUCACGUGGUGAAAGUGCUGGCCUGGUCAGUGCAGUCGGGCGAACGCUGGAGGAAUUCAAGACUUCAGUGACAGUGGCUGCACACAGCAAAGUGACGUUUGAGCUGACCUAUGAGGAGCUAUUGAAACGACGGCUAGGGAAGUAUGAACUGCGGAUCAAGGCCCAACCAACACAGGUUGUCAAAGACUUCAAGAUUGAUGUGCACAUAAUUGAACGCCAGGGAAUCCGCUUCCUGGAAACCCAGGGGGGUUUGGCCUCCAAUGAUCUGGCAAGUGCUGUCAGCACCAAUGUGACUGAUAAAGAGGCCCUGGUGCAUUUCUCCCCAUCUCAUGAGCAGCAGCAGUGUCCUCACUGCAAGGACAUGGGGCUGAGUGGAGAAUUGAUUGUUGUCUAUGAUGUGAACAGACCAAAGUCACAAGGAGAGCUGCAGGUGGUGAAUGGAUAUUUUGUGCAUUACUUUGCUCCCUCUAGCCUCUCACGAUUUCCCAAAAAUGUUGUCUUCAUUAUUGACCAGAGUGGCUCUAUGCGUGGGACAAAGAUUCAGCAGACUCGAGAGGCAAUGUUGAAGAUUUUAGAUGAUCUCCACAAAGAAGAUCAUUUUGGCCUGAUCACCUUUGAUGGUGAAGUGACUUACUGGAAAGAUAACUUAGUUCCUGUGAACUCCGAUUACCUGGCAUUGGCACGCAUUUUUGUGGAGAACAUCAAAAGUAGAGGAAGCACAGAUAUCAAUGAAGCAGUUCUGAAGGGGGUGCAGAUGUUGUCCAUAUUUGACGAGUCCCACCCUCAAGAAGAAAGUACUUCCAUUCUCAUCCUGCUUACUGAUGGAGACCCCACCUCAGGAGUGACCAAUCUGAAUGAGAUCCAGAACAAUGUUAGGGAGGCCAUCCGAAAGAGAUAUACACUGUACUGCCUGGGGUUCGGCUUUGACGUUGACUACAAAUUCUUAGAGAAGAUAUCGCUUCAGAACAAUGGCCUGGCCAGGAGGAUCUAUGAGGAUUCGGAUGCAGCCCUGCAGUUGCAGGGUUUCUACGAGGAAGUGGCUACUCCUCUCCUGCUCGAUGUCCAAAUGCAUUACACUGGUGUCUCCAAUGUCACCUACACCAGCUUUGGCCAGUACUAUGAUGGCUCAGAGAUUGUGGUUGCUGGUCAAAUUAAUCACAAUGAUCUGGAAACAUUCACUGCUGAAGUCAAGGCUAAAACGAAAGGAAAUGACUCAGUAUUCCAUGAAGUAUUUACCAAGAGUGAAAGAGAUGCUUCCAAGGCUCUUGACCACUACAUCUUUGAGACAUACAUCCAGAGACUGUGGGCAUAUCUUUCUGUACAGCAGCUACUGGAAAGACUAGUGCUGCUCACAGAGGAACAGCAAACAGCUGUCAAUGAGCAGAUCCUGGCCCGCUCACUCGACUACAGCUUUGUGACCCCACUCACUAGUAUGGUGGUCACAAAGCCCGAGGGUGAGGACCCUCAUGUGGCCCACAAACCCAAGGAAGAGAAACCAUUAGAGCGAGCAUUUCCAGUCUCGAAGACUGCAGGUAGACGCACGUAUUCGCGCUUGAGAAUUUCAUCGCGGCCACUACCGACAGGGCCACGAGAUUACGGUAUGCUUGUAUCCGAAUCGCAUCCGUCAAUCCAUGGUAAUCAUGGUAAAUCGAGGAGCCAUCCUGUUAUGCAAGAAGCGGAUCUACGCAUUGCAAGAGUCAUUGCAGCUGAACCAGUCCAGACCUCACGCUAUCAACACAUUGCAGAAAGUGUCACUGCAGCUGAACCAGUCCAGACCUCAGGCUAUCAACACAUUGCAGAAAGUGUCACUGCAGCUGAACCAGUCCAGACCUCAGUCUUGUUAAAAGUCCUUCUGCCUGCCCAGGACCAGAAUACUUCAAUCUGUUUUAACAUUGAGGUACACAAAGAUGUGCUUCCCAAGGAUCCAGUCUUUAAAUUACUGCACGACCCGGCCACAGGUAUUUCCAUCAAUGGUGAGAUGUUAAAAAGGGGGCACUUCCGCAAGAUUGGGGUGAACUACAAAGAUGAGUGCCACAUCAAAGCAGACACUACAGGGAUCAUGGUGACCAAAGAAGGGAAAGAAAAUUUCAUCUUCUGGACCGACACAGCCACAAGUCAUCACUGUGAUGGAGUAACAAUUUCCCUGCAGAAUGAAGUUCUAAAUGUUUCUGUGGGAGAUAUUAGUGUUAACAUCCUACUGCACAAGAAUGGCAGAAACAGGUUUUUGUGGCCAGACGUUAGACGGCAAGCACCUAUCCCCGGAGCCAAAGGACUACUGGGCCAGUCUCCUGUGUCAUAUGUCCUUAAGGAGGCAUCACCAUUGGUGAGACUGGAAAUGCUGGGUAAAGAAGUACAGGGAACAAGAGACACAACGGUGGACUACCGCACUCAUGUGAAACCAACAGUGGACUGCUGGCUAGUGCCUUUCAGUGCGGUCGUGCCAGAGCCCCUGUCUGAAAUCCUUGGUUCGCUGUAGGAAGUCAUGCAAUGUUGGACAGCUGCGCAGCUACCACAAUUAAUUCUGGCUAUAUGUGUUACAGAAUUCUGAGACAAUAAAUGCAAAUGAGUCAAAUGUAAACAUUA